CAGAAGCAGUUUUGUAACAAAUUCAAUAAAGACUUAUAAAAUUGUCCACAUUCAAAAAUAGUCUUUAAAAAGAAUACACGAAAAAGCCAAAGUUGCUCUGUUAGUUACAGGUGGCUUCCCACCUUGCCCUUUUCUGAGCUUCCUUUAAUGUUAUAACAUUAACAAUAUUUCAAUGAUAAUAAUAAAUUAGAACAAAUUGUAGUAAAGAUAUUAACCAUCUUUUAAAAGCCAAGGAGUUUUGAGGAAAGAAUAGGGUAAUUAGCAAGAGGACUAUUGGCAUCAAAUCAGAGGGAUUAAAAUAAUGAAGAGGUUGGUGGGGUUUGGGGAGGUGAGGAGAGGAGGAGGAAGCACCAGAAAUCUGGUUUUAUGGUCAUAGAAGCCUCAGAUGUGAAGGGGAUAUGAAUCAGUUCAUUGGGCCUGGGCAGUUCUGGGUACCCAAAGCACAUUCCUAAGGAUUAGUGAAGCAAAACCAUGUCAAAGAACUUGAUAUUUGAAAUUUCAAGCAAGCAUCAAGGAAGUCAUCAUGGAGGUGGGGUUGGGAUGAGAACUUUGCUGGACUUCCUUGUAGGUAUUUUAUGAUUUUUUCAUGCUUUUAUUUUGAAUUGGAUGGUGAGGGAGAUACUGUAGCCUCUUCUGUGGUUGAAGUCUCUGAAGGGUUGCAUCUGACCCUGGGCUGGAGUCUUGCUCAGUCAGCUACAAGUCAGUCCAUCACUUGUGAAUGCCAGUUGUGUUCAUUCUCAGGCCAGCAAAUUGCAUGAGGGUUGUUUGGUGCAGCGCCUGAAUAGUUAACAGACCUCCUCAAAGCACCCCAUUUACAGCCACAGGGACCAACUCCCUCAGCUAGGGAGGCUCAUAGUUCUGAGGCUGUCUCCAGACACUCACUCAGUUUUAAUAAUGAGACUGUUUACCUGGUACCAGGCAUAGCAUCUCAGCUUGCUAUGAUGCUGAAAACCCCAGGAGGGAAAAACCAAGGCCAGAGUUGGCUGAGUGAGUCCCCAAGGUCAUAGUCAUGGCAAAAGGUGGAAUCAGCUCCCUGCUGGAGUGUGCAAAAACCAUGGAGGGUAGGGGGGCAGUCCCCCGAGCCUCCUCGCAGGCAGGGGAGAUGCUCCAGAGCCUACCUUUGGAAGAAGAGGAAGGGACAGACUCAGAAGAGAAAGAGGACGGUUCUAUAGAAGAUUCAAAAGAAAUCAACACCAUGGCUUUUGUGAGAGAGAACACUGGGGCGCAAAAGGGACUUCAGAGUGCCCAUUCGCAAGGCAAGAAGAAGAGGAAGAAAAAGAGAUUGGUGAUCAAUCUAUCCAGCUGCCGAUAUGAGAGUGUGCGUAGGGCCGCCCAACAGUAUGGCCUUCGAGAGGGAGGAGAAAGUGAUGACUGGACGCUCUACUGGACUGACUUCUCAGUGUCACUGGAACGGGUGAUGGAAAUGAAAAGUUACCAGAAAAUCAAUCACUUCCCAGGGAUGAGUGAAAUCUGCCGCAAGGACUUGCUGGCCAGGAAUAUGAGCCGCAUGUUGAAGAUGUUCCCGAAAGAUUUCCACUUUUUCCCGAGGACCUGGUGUCUUCCUGCUGACUGGGGAGAUUUGCAGAACUACAGCAGGUCAAGAAAAAAUAAGACUUACAUCUGUAAGCCGGAUUCGGGCUGCCAAGGGAAAGGUAUAUUCAUCACCCGAACAGUGAAAGAAAUCAAACCAGGGGAGGAUAUGAUCUGUCAGCUCUAUAUCUCAAAGCCCUUUAUCAUUGACGGGUUCAAGUUCGACUUACGGAUUUAUGUGCUCAUGACAUCCUGUGACCCCCUCAGGAUUUUUGUAUACAAUGAAGGACUGGCACGCUUCGCCACCACCUCUUACUCCCAUCCCUGCACAGACAACCUGGAUGAUAUCUGCAUGCACCUGACUAAUUAUUCCAUUAAUAAGCACAGUGCCAAUUUCCUUCAAGAUGCUCACUCUGGCAGCAAGAGGAAGCUCUCCACCUUCAACAUGUACAUGGAGAGCCAUGGCUACAACGUGGCGCAGAUCUGGAGAGACGUUGAGGACGUUAUUAUCAAGACGAUCAUCUCGGCCUACCCCAUCAUCAAGCAUAACUACCACACCUGCUUUCCCCACCACACACUCAACAGCGCCUGCUUUGAAAUCCUGGGCUUUGACAUUUUGUUAGAUCACAAACUCAAGCCCUGGCUGCUGGAGGUAAACCACUCUCCGAGCUUCUCCACUGACUCCUGGUUGGAUAAAGAGGUAAAGGAUAGCCUGCUGUAUGAUACUCUGGUCCUGAUCAACCUGAGAAGCUGUGACAAAAAGAAGGUCUUGGAGGAGGAGAGACAGCGGGGGCAGUUCCUACAGCAGUGUCGUUCUCGGGAGACCAGGAAAGAGGAAGUCAAGGGCUUUCAGGCCGUGCGUGUAGAGAAAACUGAGAAGUAUGAAAAGGAAAACUGUGGAGGGUUCCGCCUGAUUUAUCCCAGUGUGAACUCGGAGAAGUAUGAGAAGUUUUUCCAGGACAACAACUCCCUCUUCCAGAAUACAGUUACCUCCAGGGCUCGGGAGGUCUAUGCCCGGCGGCUGAUCCAGGAGCUGAGACUGAAACAAGAGAAAAAAUGCUUGCAAAUGAAACAGAAGAGGGUAGAGAUGCAUGGGGAAUCGGCAGGCGAGCAAGCGAGAGGCAAGAGCUGGCAGAGCUGGCGACAGAAACAACAGCAGAAAUGCAAGACUGCCCCCAACCAGACCUCCAAACAAUAUCUCCAGCCAUUGACAUUGGUGUCCGGCACACCUGACUUGCUCUCGAGUGUCAGACACACAGAGAAAAAUGAAGCAGAUAGCAGCCUUGACCAGGAGGCCCCCAAAGAGGAGGCUGAUCCAGCACCCUGUAAGCCUUCAUCUUCAAGGCCUUACAGCUCUGUACCUGACUUGAGGAAUUCAGGUCUUCUCAGCUGCUCCAGGCCAGAGCUCAGUAAACCCAUCUCCAAAAUGAAGGAAGCCAAGUCUACCUCUGCAGUGAACACGAUCACCAACACUGUGCCUCUAACUUCAGUAGAAGCCUUCCCAGAAUCUACCACCCUGGUCUCAGACACCCCUGAACGUCUGCUGAAUGUGACUGUGACAGCCAGCUCUGAGUGUAGCAGCCCAAAGAUGGACAGGGUGGCCUCCUUUAAAUGCAAGCCACAGCAGGUGCCUUGGCACCUCAUCCCAGAAAAAGUAUCAAACAGUUUUCUGCCUACAAAAUCCCAGAGCUUCUCGUGGAGUCCGAACCCAAGCUGGACUUUGCUAAAGAAUGGCCGGAAGAAGCAGCAUCCCAUGUCAGAGCUGUUCACCAAGGUUCAACUGAGAGAGAAGCUGUCUUUGUUCCCAGCUCACUACAACCCAAAGCUGGUGCUGAGUGACCAGUCACAAAACCCCUCCCUGCCCCGGGAGUCCUACUUUUGCAGCCGAAGCUCUGGCGAGAAGAGGCAGCUGGAUGUGCCCUCCUUCCUCUUCUUACAGAAUUCUCACGGCCUUGAUGUUUCCCUGAAAGACCUGCUGGUGGUUGCCACUCCAGCCCGACUGGACCCAAGGCCUGGCAGAAGCCAUACAGGUGCUUUGAAAGACCUGUGUAUGCAAGAUCAGGAAGCAUACAGUCACUGCCUGAUCUCUGGUCAAAGAGGAUGUGAGAGGAACUAGAGUCAGACUGGAUUUCUGCCAUUUCUUCCUCUCACUCCCAGGAAAUGAUUUGUCUCUUCCUAUAGUGUCUACGAUGCCUGCAGAAGCAACUGAAAGUUUUAUUUCCUCAUCUAGAGAGCCUGGUCUUAUGACUACCUCCCAUUAGCACUACUGAGGCUAACAGCCUUGCCUUUUGUCCCGCCCCCCAGUUAGCUUACAGUACUGGAGGACCAUGACUUCUGGGAGUUUUGGGUGCUGCCCCAGGACACGUCCCAUUUGCCCCACCAGUGGCGUUCUUACGGGUCCCUCACAUGGCACUGCUAUCCAGGAUACUCCCAAGGAUAGAGCAACUUGAAGGAAGGAGUUGCGAGGAAGGACUCCCAGCUUCCAGAAGUCCGGAGCCCUCAGGGCACCAACAGGCCAGUGUCAGUUGGUCUCCAACUCCAGAGAGAAAAGACCAAGAGCUAGGCGUGAUGGAGAACUCUGAGCCCUAAGUAAAGGAAUCAGGACAGUUGUAGCUUCAUCAGGUAAAGACCAGACCUCCUCUUAUACUAGCAGCUCUGUGCCCAAGUAUCUUCCGGCUGCCUUCCCUACCAUCCUAACUCAAAUUGCCUUUUCUGAUGCCACUGUCACUAUCAGGCUGCCAUAGGUCAUAGUCUGACCCAGACAAAAGAUGUAAGACUUGCUGAAAUGGGACUUCCUAGAAGCUCUGUGUCUUUCCCUCUUCCUCCCUAGUCACCAACCCCAGCCAGUCAAGGUUCCUGAGCUGAUAAAAUGGGAGUCUCUUAAGGUGAAGUCAGAAUUAUUUGUCUUCCUAAGGGACAAUUUGGUGCCAGCACUUUUGAACCUAACGACAGGGUCACCUUCAUGGUCAUGCAGUCUAUGCAGUCACACAGGGCUCUACACUAGGAGGGCCUUGCGUCUGGUUUAAUGCUGUUACCAUCUCGAAAUUCUGAUUAGUUUGUGAACGAGGAGUCUUGUAUUUUCAUUUUUGCACUGGGCCCACCAAAUUAGGCAGCUGACCCUGCCUAGAGGCUGUAAUGGCUCCGGGUUGUCCAAAGGCAAAACUAUUAAUAGUAGGAUGCUUUCCUAGCCCUGCCUGCCUCGCGCUUGUUCAGCCAUGGAGCUAUGCGGAGCAAUUGUCUGCUGAAUGCUUAUGGGCGACAAAAAAUGCUUAUGGCAGUCCCUGCCCCCAUGGAGUGUGCGGUGGGGUAAGAUGGGUCCCCGGAUACCUAGUCGGGUUUAAGUUCCACUAAAGAAGAGCAUCGGUGGAUGAGAAGGGAAUGCCCUCACACCUAGUUGUGAGGAUUAAGUCUGCUUCAUUAGGAGAGGUGAUAUUUGAGGUGACAGAAAAAGAUAAAUGGAUUUUUUAAUUAAAACUUUUAAUGUAAAAAAUUUCA